AUGGCGGGAAAAUCAUGGAUAUUAAUCACCGUAUCAAUGAAUUGGCGUGGUCAAAAGCUGUCCCUUAUUGAGAGGUCAGCAGUUCAGGAAGCGAUGGACCGAACCUCAGCAGCAGUGGUCAAGGGGCCUAAAGAGGGAAGACUAACAUACAUCGUGUAUCCCUCGCUGCUUUCAUGGCUUCUAAUAUUCUUAUGCUGCAAAUUCUGGAAAAUCUACAUCUGUUCAUCUAAGGACCCUACGUCACACUGCCCUCUACCCCCCGGGGACCUAGGAGUGCCAUUCAUAGGGGAAACAGUAUCAUUCUUAUUCAUGGGAAGACGAUUUUUUGACAAAAGACGAGAAAAACAUGGCCGUGUUUUCAAGACACACAUUCUUGGAAAACCAACGGUUAGAAUCAUAGGAGCUGCAAAUGCACGGAAAGUCCUUAUGAGUGAAAACUCUCUUGUGGAGUCACAAUGGCCAAGAAGCAUACAGAUGCUGCUAGGAGAAGGCAGUCUUACGCUGGCAUCGGGCAGAGUCCACACGAUUCGCAAAAGAGCCAUCCUCCGAGCGUUCACUUACGAUGCCUUGAGCGGCUAUGCCGUUUUGACACAAACAAUUAUUAGAAAGUAUAUCAACAAUUGGUGCUGCGAGGAAAAUAUUUUGGGAUAUAAGGAAUUUAGAAGUUUGGCUUUCGAACUCUCCUGUCAAGUUCUACUUGGAUUUGAAAUGAACAAAGAGGAACAUGGCCGCCUCUUGGGUGCGUUCGAGACCUUCAUGUCUAGUCUCUUCAGCAUACCGAUUCGAAUACCCGGGCUAGGACUGGACAAGGGAAUGAAAGCUCGAGAAACCAUGCUACAAAAAAUUGAAGAGAUCAUAUUACAGAAACAAAAUGGUGGGACCGAUACAAGAUCGACGGACGCAUUGAGUCUUAUGAUGGGAAUUGAAGGAAAAGAAAAGUUGGAGAUCGAAGAAGCAAAGAAUGUCGCAUUAGAAUUGAUGUUUGCAGGCCACGAGACAACAUCAAGCGCCGCUAGCACGUUGGUUCUCAAUUUAGCAAGAAACCCUGAAGUCCUGUUCAAGAUCACCGAAGAGCUUGCCUUGAAUGGCUUGCUGGAUAACAGAAAUUCUGCGUUAGAUCUUGGACGAAUUAACAAAUUAAAGUACGUAAGAAAUGUGGUGAAGGAAGGCCUGCGAAUAUCCCCACCAAUCGGAGGAGGUUACAGAAAAGCUCUUCAAACACUCGAGAUAGAGGGUUAUCAAAUACCAAAAGGAUGGAGUAUCGUGUACAGCAUACGAGAUUCUCAUGAAACCAGUCCUCUCAUCGACAAACCGGAAGUAUUCAACCCCGACAGAUGGUCCUCUCUUCAAAUCGAUGACCGUGAACAUUUCUUUCCUUUUGGAGGAGGUAAAAAAGGCUGUGCUGGAAAAGAGUUUGCACUGCUUAUGCUGAAAGUAUUCGUUAUCGAAAUUUGUCGAAGUUCUUGUUGGCAUGUUAAGAACGUAAAUCCCAAAAUAAAAUACUUGCCAGUGCCACACCCGUCAGACGAUUUGCCAAUGGUAUUUCAGAGACUAAACCAAAACCGCGAUAGAGCUGCUACGGUCUAAAAUCAAUCGGGUAUCUGUUGAAGUAGUUUGAGCGCCAGAAACACACGCACACACACACACCUCAAGCAAUUAAGUCCGAUUAUCAGUAUAUUUAUAUAUGAACUGUUUUACUGUGGCGGGUGCGAUAUCAGUGAGGCAAAAUUUUAUGAACUUGUU